CGGAUUUCAAGGCAAUUAGAUCUUUUUACUAUCUCAAAAACUCAAGUUUUAAUUGUUAAAUUUUUCAUCACAAACCAUGGGAAUUAUUUUUUCAUUUUGCUUCAAGUGGAUGCACGAUUGCAUUAGUGAUGGACAACUGACAGUUAGUGAGGCAACGGCCUUGAUCAACCGUCAAGCUUACAGAAUGCAUCUUAAGAGACAUGUUGAAAAUAUGCCUAACGUUCGAAAUGUUGAAGAAUUGGUUGAACAAUUGCUGAACGAAAUGCCACCAAAUUUUUUUGAACCAGAACAACCUUCAAAAAUAUUCUACAUUCAAUCACCAUCAUCUACUUGAUGAUCUUAAAGAUUAGUAGCUGAUCUUAUUAGAUAAAGAAGCUAUGAUGAGGUUUAGCAUACACCGGAAUUCAGUUACAGGAUGUACUUUUCUAAUAAAUUGAGAAGCCUUAUGCUUUAAUAUUCUUAAAUGUGAUAAUUAUUGAGUUUGUUUUGAGACUUAGGACGCAAAUUUUUAAGAUGUAAUGCA